AUGUUCAUCAAGAAUUCUGCAAAUAGCCACGGUUGGGUGAAUCCGCGGGACGUGGAGGCCAUCUGGAAGGACCAACCGGGAACCUAUACAGCAUUAAGCUACUGCUGGGGGAAAGGCAACCCUGAUCCUUUACUACUUACACAAGAUAAUUAUCAUUCCUUUAAAGAUAACAUCUCGUGGGAUAGGCUCCCGCGGCUUUUUCAAGAUGCUAUCAAGAUCACUAGCCACCUAGGAGUUGAUUAUAUUUGGAUUGAUUCUCUUUGUAUUGUCCAGGAUGAUAAGCAGGACUGGGAGAUUGAGUCUCAGAAUAUGGCUAGCAUUUUCGAAAACGCGCAUAUCACUAUUGUGGCGGCUUCUGCGCCCAACCCAGAAACACCUAUUCUGAGGCGACGAGCGCAGUCCGAGGAGAAAGUCAAAUUCCACUUCACAGAAAAGGAUCACUCACAGUCUUACCUCUUUUCACGCCUGAUAACGCCAGAAGAUAUGUUCAACUUAUACCCCAUCAAGGUAAAACAAGUGUCGAGCAGGGGAUGGAGAGAGGUGUUAUAUCAAAGAGGAUGGACUUUCCAAGAGGACCUCCUAGCACGGCGUACGAUCCACUACCUUCCCCAGAGGGUGGUAUGGGAGUGUCGGAUGUUACAUGAUGACGAACGCCAGCUGCUUGGCAAUCGUAGAUUCCCUAAAAGCUUGGAUCAGACCGUGUGGACAUGGCGGGAAUUUGUGAAAGCCUAUACUUACCGAGAUUUGACAUAUAUUUCUGACAAGCUCCCAGCCAUUUCGGGCAUUGCAAAUAUGGUAUCUCAACAGACGGGCGACGAAUAUCUCGCUGGUCUUUGGCGACGCUCCCUUGUUUCUGAUUUAGGCUGGCAAUUCGCUUACUCGUCGACAGCGGAACGUACCUGUCCGCCGAGGCAGUAUAUCGCCCCCUCGUGGUCGUGGGCUUCCGUUGCAACCAGGCAGGCCAUUGGGUACUCAGGCGAAACUAUUCUGAAUACCCUCGCCACUGUGAUCGAUGCAGACGUGACAUUGAAAGGACGAAAUAGAUUUGGCGAAGUGUCUGACGGCUUCGUGCAGCUCCGUGGCUUUAUCCGUGAGAUAAAGCUUUAUCGUAAGGACAUCAGUGAGCUCUUCGAAGCCGACUUUCCGGGGUGUCAGGUAACUGCGGGAUCUCUACAUUUUAGCGCAGACAUGGGAAUAUGUUCUGGAGACGGACUCCUGGAAUCAGGCGCUAUAAUACCCACGGUGUGUCGGAGGUAUGCUGAUGCAAAGUGUAAACCGAUACCAGGAAAAAAUGCAUAUCUGGGGGUAUUUCUGGUUAUAUUGUAUGAGACAUCGGAAUGCAUUACGGGCCUUGUUCUUGGGCGAUCUCCACGAGUACGAGGGGCUUAUGAACGGCUGGGGUUGUUGGAGUUUGACCCGAGAGACUUCGAGACGGUUAUGCAGCUGGCCAUUGAAUCAACAAUUACAAUCGUCUAG